AUGCACGAACAGGAAGAUGCGGAGCAGCCUAGGAAUCUUGGACUUCGGAGGUACUGCUUCUCUAGAACCGCCGAGCUGGAGCUGGAGCUAGAACUCCCUGAGGCCUGGGCCCCGGCCCCGGCCCCGGCCGUCGGGCAGCGGCUCCUCCAGGCUGAAGCCCCAGCAGAGAAUAAGGCGAGGACAGUGACAGUCUCCCGGUGUAGUGACAGCACUGGGAACAUCCUGCGAUGGUUCACGACCUCGAUUCUGUGUGCUGCCUUCCUGGGGAUGGGAAUGAGUGUUGGCAUACUAGGACCCACCUUUCCAGACUUGGCUGCAAAUGUGAAAAGCAACAUCAGCGGGCUUUCUCUGAUAUUCGUGGGACGUGCCUGUGGAUUUUUGGGUGGCUCUAUCAUUGGUGGAGUCCUUUUUGACUACAUGAAUAAUUUUUUACUUCUAGCGUUGUCAUUGUUUGCUACCACAGCUGGUCUUUAUCUUAUUCCCUUUUGCAAGAGAGUAAUACUACUGGUGGCGGUGAAAUGCAUCUUUGGUGCAGCAGUUGGCGUUCUGGAUACAGGUGGCAAUGUCCUUAUUUUGGCUGUUUGGGGAGACAAAGGAGCCCCACAUUUGCAGGCCUUACACUUCAGUUUUGCUUUCGGUGCAUUUGUGGCUCCACUGUUGGCCAAAUUGGCACUGGGUACCAGCGUGUCUGCCAAAAACCACACAGAGAUUGACUUUCAUAACUACUCAGCCCUCAACCAGUCAUCUCAAGCUGACUCAGAAUCUAUAUUUGGAAUACCUGAAAAUAUUGAUUUACUGUGGGCUUAUGCUCUUAUAGGCACUUACAUUUUUGUAAUUGCUUUAUUUUUUUGUGCUAUGUUUUUCAAGAAAAGUUCAAAGCGUGAGAAUGGGAAAGAAUUUACUGAGAGAUCUAAGAGAGCAAAAUAUCACAAAGCCCUUCUUUGUCUCCUUUUCAUGUUCUUCUUCUUUUAUGUUGGAGCUGAAAUAACAUACGGCUCUUACGUUUUCACAUUUGCAACCACUUAUGUUGGGAUGAAAGAAAGCGAAGCAGCUGUGUUGAACUCUGUCUUCUGGGGGACUUUUGCAGCCUGCAGGGGACUCGCAAUCUUUUUUGCGACGUGUUUACAACCUGGAACCAUGAUUGUGUUGAGCAACAUUGGCAGCCUGGCUUCAACCUUGGUGCUGGUGCUUUUUGACAGGAACCCUGUUUGUCUCUGGGUAGCCACUGCAGUGUUUGGAGCCUCCUUGGCCACAACGUUUCCCAGCGGCAUUUCUUGGCUUGAACAGUACACAACCAUCGAUGGGAAAUCAGCAGCAUUUUUUGUAGUUGGUGCUUCCUUGGGAGACAUGGCUAUUCCUGCAGUAAUUGGAAUUCUUCAAGAAAAAUACCCUGAUUUACCUGUCGUUCUGUAUACCUGCUUAGCGUCAGCAAUAGCCACUACUGUUUUAUUUCCUGUGCUGUAUAAAGUAGCCAACUUAUCUCUUCAUCAUCAACGAAAAGAAAUCAGAAAGAGUGAGGACCAGAAAGCUUUCCUAUCUCGCUCUGGACUAAACGAGGAAAGUGAUGAGGACCAUGCAGAGAAAUGGAAUGAAAUGGACAUUGAAAUUACUGAAAUGGAUGAUACAGUGACACAUUCCGUAAUAGAGGCCUCCAGAAACAUUUGGGUGGAGCCUCCAGCUGAUGAUUCCAACCCAUCACUCUCAAAUACAUUACUGGUUGAAUCCGCUCUAAUUAAAAGCACCUAUCUGUGA